AUGGCAACGACGUCGUCUCAUCCGAAGGAGGAAGUGAAGAAGAAGAAGAAGAAGGAGGGAUUGGGAUGGAUAGAGUGGGCAAGGGGUUGGCUGUAUCUGGUGUACGAGAUGCUGUUCCAGAGAAUCACGGCCAGCCACUUGCAAAACCCCAUGCCUUUGCCUCCUGUCAACGAUCUCACUUGCAUUGUCACUGGAUCCACCAGCGGUAUCGGCCGCGAAAUUGCCAGGCAGUUGGCGGAAGCUGGGGCGCAUGUUGUGAUGGCGGUGAGGAACACGAAAGCAGCUAAUGAGUUGAUCCAGAAGUGGCAGAAUGAAUGGACUGGAAUGGGCCUUCCUCUCAAUAUUGAGGUAAUGGAACUUGAUUUGCUCUCCUUGGAUUCUGUUGUGAGAUUUGCUGAAGCGUGGAAUGCACGCUUAGGACCUCUCCAUGUUCUUAUCAACAAUGCUGGGAUAUUUUCAAUUGGAGAGCCACAAAAACUUUCAAAAGAUGGGUACGAAGAACACUUGCAAGUCAAUCAUCUUGCUCCAGCACUGCUCUCAGUUUUGCUAUUGCCAUCCCUUAUCAGAGGCUCUCCAAGUCGAAUUAUUAAUUUGAAUUCCGUUAUGCAUUAUGUUGGCUUUGUUGACACAGAAGACAUGAAUGUCGUUUCUGGGAAAAGAAAAUAUACAAGCUUAGUGGGUUACUCAAGCAGCAAGCUGGCACAGAUUAUGUUUAGUAGUGUUCUACAUAAGCGGCUCCCUGCCGAAUCUGGCAUUACUGUAGCAUGUGUUUCACCUGGAAUUGUGCAGACUAAUGUUGCAAGGGAUCUUCCCAAAAUUGUUCAAGCUGCUUAUCAUCUAAUACCCUAUUUUAUCUUUAGUGCUCAAGAAGGUUCCAGGAGUGCUCUCUUUGCAGCCACUGAUCCCCAGGUUCCUGAGUACUGUGAAUUGUUGAAAGCGGAUGACUGGCCGGUUUGUGCGUUCAUUUCUCAAGAUUGCCGUCCAACGAAUCCUUCUGAAGAAGCUCAUAAUGUUGAAACUUCUCACGAAGUGUGGGAGAAGACAUUUGAGAUGAUUGGCCUUCCUUCUGAUGCAGUGGAGAGGCUUAUAGAAGGGGAAGAAGUUGCGUGCAGAUAUGGUGGUCAUAAGGGGUAG